AUGGCCGACACUGCCAUUCAACUACCUUACCUAUCCUCCCACUAUGCGCUUCCGGAAUCGACACUCACGACCUUACAGCAGGCCCCAACUGUGGAGCUUGUCAAUCAACUUUUAGAAUCAAUCAAUAAAAAGGCACAUGAAUCCGACGAACUCAAAUCCGACAAGCUUCGCUUGGAGGUAGAGCUUGAGAAUGCCGUGCGCAGCAAUGAGUCGAAGGUCAAGGUUCUGAAAGCCACCGUUGAGAAAGGACAUGCGGAGGUCGAAGAUCUGAGGAAAAAACUGCACGAAGCUGAAACCACCCGGUCAUCACUUGAGACAGAGAUCUCUACCCUGAAGUCCUCUUCCACGUCUACCGAAUCCGAAACCACAUCUUUGAAAGCACGUAUCUCAUCUCUGGAGGCAUCCAACAGAGACACACUGGGCUUGCUCGAAUCGAAAUCUGCGGCCUAUGACAAAUUGGCAGAGGAACUUUCGCUUCAACACAAGAAAACCAUCGAGUUACGACGUGAACUCUCCACCGCGGAGCAAAAUCUCGAAAAUUCCAAUGCGGCAUCUGCCAGCGCUCGCUUCCGUGAACAGAGCCUUCAACAAGAACUGGAUCUCACCAAAAAGAACAACGAAUGGUUCGAGACCGAACUUAAGACAAAAUCCGCUGAAUACAUCAAGUUCCGCAAAGAAAAGGGUGCUCGGAUCUCGGAGCUUCAGCGCGACAACGAUGAAGCAAACUCGACAAUCGACUCUCUUCGACGAAGCGAGAACUCACUCAAGAGUCGGUUGGACGAAACAGAGCAGCGAUACGAAACUUCUCUAGCUACCAUUCAUCAGUUGAAAGAGGAAGCUAUCCAGGCAACCGAAUCCUUCCGCAUCGAACUUGACAGCGCUAACCGAUUGGCCGAGCUACAAGGAUCUUCCGCUCAGACGGCCAAGCAACGGGUGCAAGAAUGCCAACUCGCCCUCGAAAAGACAAAGGAUGAUGCGGCACAGGAAAUCUCUCGCCUCCGUGUUGAGCUUGAGACCGAGUCCAACGAUAAGGGAGCCGCGGAGCGCCGAAUUGGCGAACUCGAGGCACUUGUUGCCCAGCUUGAGUCUGAGCCUUCUAGAGGAAGAUCAGCAAGCCCCGCUCUCUCACUAAAUGGAGGUACACCCAGUACACCUCUACGAUCAAGCAUCAUGCGUGCUGGCACUCCUAGUGGCUCAUUCUCCCCCCGCGCAUCCCGUGGUAAGGGCGGUAUGAAUAUCACCCAAAUGUACUCCGAGUAUGACAGAAUGAAAACCGCUCUUGCAGCUGAGCAGAGAACUUGCCAGGAACUCCGCAAUACCGUCGAUGAGAUGGUUCAAGAACUUGACUCAACCAGACCCGAAAUUGAGGAGGGACGAGCAGAACAAAAGCGUCUCGACCAUGCUGUUGUGGAAAUGUCUACUCUUCUCGAAGCGGCCGGGAAGGAACGGGAUACCGCUCUCAAGGAAGCCAGGAAAUGGCAAGGUCAAGUGGAGGGCUUGGCUCGCGAGGGCGACAUUCUACGCCAGCAACUUCGUGAUCUGAGUGCGGAAGUCAAGGUUCUCGUCCUGGAGGUUGCCUUCGCAAGACGUGGUGAAGAAUACGACCGCCAGGAGCUCGAGCGCAUCGCUCGGGGUGAAGUUGAAGAGUCGUCAAAGGAUCUCAAUGAAACUGGCCGCUUUAUUAGCAAGCAUCUGACCACCUUUAAGGAUCUUCACGAACUCCAGGAACAAAAUCACACUCUCCGACGCAUGUUGAGAGAGCUAGGUGACAAGCAGGAGGGAGAAGAGGCGCAAGCCAAGGAACUUGCGCGGCAAGCAGACAUCGAGGAGUUGAAGGAGUUGCGGACCCGCGCCCAGACAAACCGUGAUGAGAUUGCGAACCUCAGCGCCCAGAUGCAGAGUUACGUCAAGGAGCGCGACACAUUCCGCAGCAUGCUCAUGCACAGAAAGCCAACCGGUGACGAUCAGUCUGUCUUCUCACAAUCUAUGCCUCUUGGUGCUGCUCCCCAAGGCGCCAUGGAAACAUCAGGGCCGGACUAUGCUGAGUUGCUCCGAAAGGUUCAAGCCCAUUUCGACACUUUCCGUGAAGAAACUACGACAGACCACAAAGCACUGCGACAGCAGGUUAAUGAGCUGUCUCGUAAGAACAGUGAGCUUAUGUCCGAUAUCAGUCGGUCAAGCAGCCAGCUUGCUGCUGCAACCCAACGUGCGGAGCUUUUGCAGAGCAACUUUAAUAUGCUCAAGAAUGAGAACACGGAGAUCCAAAAGCGCUAUUCUACUCUCUUCGAAAAUGCAAACCGACAGGAUCUGCGCACUCAGCAAGCCGCGGAAGACCUCGUGGAGGCUAAGGGCCUUGUUGAGAGCCUUCAGAGAGAAAAUGCCAACCUGAAGGCCGAAAAGGACCUUUGGAAGAAUAUUGAGAAGAGGCUCAUUGAUGAUACAGAAAAUCUGCGGAAUGAGCGCAGCCGUCUGGACUCAUUGAAUGCAAACCUUCAAACCAUUCUCAACGAGCGUGAACACACCGACUCCGAGAGCCGACGCCGUCUCCAAGCCAGCGUCGAGUCGCUCGAAACCGAACUGCAGUCGACAAAGCGUAAACUCAAUGACGAAGUGGAGGAUUCCAAAAAGGCUAGCAUGCGCCGGGAGUAUGAGCAGGAGACAUCCCAAAAACGAAUUGAUGAUCUUGUCACUAGCUUGAGCGCUGUCCGCGAAGAGCUGGUUGCCGCCAAGACCACUCGGGAUCACUUGCAGUCCCGUGUGGAUGAGCUUGCAGUUGAGCUCAAGAGUGCCGAAGAGCGUCUGCAGGUCUUGAACUCUAGACCAAGCGUGUCCGCCGGCACCGCCGAGGGACUCACAGAGGGCGAGGAUGCCGGUGAAGGAAACGGUCUUUCUCGUGAACAAGAACUUUCAAUUGAAGUUUCCGAACUCAAACGGGACCUGGAAUUGGCCAAGGGUGAACUAGAACACGCCAAGCAACUGGCUGAAGACUACCAGGCUAUUAGCCAGGCGAGUGAAGAACGUCUGGAGUCCGCCACCGAGACACAGGAACAAUACCGCGAAGAGACUGAUCGUCUUGUGGAGGAGAAGAACACUAAGAUCCAGGACCUCGAAACUCGCAUUGAAGAGAUCUCAGCUGAACUGUCCAACUCGAACAAUGAGAUGACCAAUCUCCGGGAAGAGCAGGCGGAGGCAAUGCGCCGCCUAGAGGAGCAGAAGGCCAACUUUGAGUCGGAAAUUACCCGUCUAAAGGCUGACAAUGAACGUCAUGUCACUGCUGCACAGUACCACCAGGAGGACCUGAAUGCGCAGGCCGAAAUUGCCAAGCAUGCUCAACAGAACUACGAGACCGAGCUUGUUAAACACGCCGAGGCAGCCAAGAAUCUACAGGUUGUUCGUGCAGAGAGCAACCAGCUAAGGCUCGACAUUGCCCAACUGCGAACCCAAUCCGAAGGCUACAAAACGGACCUGUCUCAGAAGGAGGAAAGCUGGGCGGAGCAACGAGCCGCCUAUGAGGGUGAGCUCUCUGAACUGCACAAGCGCCGGGAGGAGGUCCUUCACCAGAAUUCCGUGCUUCACACCCAGCUGGAGAAUAUUACCAGCCAGAUAUCUUCCUUGCAGCGGGACCGAAUGAAUGUUUCAGACGAUGAGCAAGAGGGAGAGCAGGCGGCACCCAACCUUGAGGGCCUCCAGGAGGUUAUCAAGUUCUUGCGUCGCGAGAAAGAAAUUGUCGAGGUCCAAUACCACCUUUCGACACAGGAAAGCAAGCGCCUCAACCAACAACUCGACUACACUCAGUCCCAGCUUGAUGAGACCCGUCUGAAGCUUGAGCAGCAGCGCCGUGCUGCGGCCGACAGCGAUCACAACGCAUUGAAUCACAGCAAGCUGUUGGAGACUAUCAAUGAGCUCAACGUUUUCCGUGAAAGCAAUGCCACUCUCAGAAACCAACUGAAGCAAACCGAGGCCGUGCGUGAUCAAAAGAUCGCCCGCGAGAGCGAACUGGUCCAGGAGAUCGAACCCCUCAAGGCCAAGAUUCACGAAUUGGAGAGCCAAUGUGAAGCCAAGGAUGGUGAAAUGCAGCUUCUGCAAGCUGAUCGCGACCGAUACCAACAACGUAUUCAGAACAUCCUCCAAAAGUACGACCGUGUCGAUCCUACUGAAAUGCAAGAGCUCAAGGAGAAGCUCACGACCCUCGAGAAUGAGAAGACCGAGGCCGUGUCCCAGCGGGAGGCUCUCCAGACCCAGGUGGAGUCACUUCAGGCUCAAAUCGCGGAGUUCCCAGAGCAGCUCAAACAGCAUUCUGAAGAACGUGCGCAGGAAUUGCGAGCCAAGCUCACAGAUCAAUUCAAGGCACGCUCUAAGGACCUUAGCGCGCGUGUCAAGGCCAAGCAAGAUGAGCUUAAUGUGGUGUUGCAGGAGAAAGAGGUCAUCCAAGCCGAACUUCAGACUACAAAGAACGAAUUGGAGGCAUUGAAAACCAAGGUGGCAGAGACACCAGCCACUGUGGCUCCUGCCCCAGCCGCAACACCAGCACCAGCUGCAGGCGAAGAAGCCCCCGUCAACGCUACUCCGGCUUCCCAGUUCCCGACUGCCACCAUCGCAGUCCCUGGUCCCGGUGACGCCCAAAAGAUCCAAGAACUCGAGCAGAAGAUCCAGCGACUCGAGGCAGCUCUUGCCGAGAAGGAUGGACUUUUGGCGACACAGGCCAGCGAACAAGAUGCUAAGAUCAAGGAACGCGCCGACCGCCUUAAGGACUUGUACAACUCUAAGCUGAAUGAGGUCAAGGCUGCUCAUCGUCAAGAACUUGAGAAAAUUUCCGCCGGUGAACAAUCCGUACCCGGAACACCAGGUGCUGGCCCGGAUGCAACCCCUGCAACGCCGUCAAAGACGUUCGAGCUUGCCGGAUUUACCAUUCCCGAAUUGACAGAUGCUCAAGCAAGGGAGCUGGUUGCGAAGCAUGAGACUAUUCGCACAAUCGUUCGAAACAACAUUCGCGGUCAAGUGGCACGCGAGCAACAAAGGUUACAACAAGAAGCCCAGGCCUCCUCCGGUGCAAAUGAAGCCGCAUUGGCUGGACUACAACAAAAGUCGGCCGAGGAAAGGGAGGCUUUGAUCAAGGCUCAUGAGAAUGAAAUCAAGGAGAAGGUCACAUCGGCGGUCGAACUUGUUGAAAAGAAAACAGCUGCCCGCCUCAGCAUGCUCGACACCAGAUUCCGCACUGCGAAUGCCAAGAUUGAUGUGGUAUCAAAGGCAGCAACGGAAACUCCGCAAAAACCCGUUGUGGAAGUAUGGGAAAUUGCAAAGACUGCCCGACCUGCACCAGUCCCGGUUCCGGCUGCUAAGCCCCCGGUACCAGCAAUGCCAGUCCAGCCCGCCGGUCCCGCUCCAACUAUAGCGGCGCCGCAAGUCCCAGUUACAGCCCCUCCGGGCCAGGCCGCUGCUCCCACUCCUGUUCCUGCAGCCGUUUCUGUGGCAUCAGCCCCUAAUGUUCCAACGGAGCAAGCAGCCCCUGCUACUGCGCCAUCCGAGGUUGCUGUCCCCCAACAAGGCGAGACACAACCCACAGCGCCAGCUAAUCCGUUCGGUCAAGUUCAGCAAACCGAUCAAAAUCAACAGGCCUCAUCUCUUCCCAGCAAACCUCCCGCUGGAAACCCACCUGGUCUGAUGCGAGCUCUUCAGUCUGGGCUUCCUAUUGCACGAGGCGGACGUGGUGGUCGUGGUGGUGGCCCCCAAUUCGGCCAUCAACAACAUGAUCAACAGCAGCAGCAAGGCCAUGGUCAGAGCCAAACCCAGCGCGGACCGGGCCUUCACCGAGGUCGCGGCGGUCGUGGUGGACAGGGUCGUGGCGGUAACCAAAACCAAACCAACGCUGCGCAGGCUCAGAGCUCCACUGCCAACCGUGGGAACCUGAAUGCUUCGGCCCGUCAGUUCAUUCCUGGGGGCAACAAGCGUUCUCGUGAUGAUGGUCCCGAUACAACCACUGAGGGUGGAAGCGGUGGAAAGAGACAGAGAGGCGGUGGUGGCCCGCAGCCUCGUGGCGGAGGCUCUUCUUAA